UGCGUCCGGCCGGUGGGCUGCGACUACUCUCCCAGAGCUGGGUUCAGGCUCCCGGAUCCACGUCUCCGGCCACGUCCCCGCAGCUCCCCGGGGCCCCGCUACCCGGUGGCAGCGCGGUGGCCGAAGUUGGAGGGAGCGGCCGCAGGUGGACCCGGAGGCAGGAGGGGCCGGUCUUGGGUUUUGCAGUUUUGAACGCGCCUGCUUCAGAGUCGCGCCCGGCUCGUUGGCGGCGCGGAAUGGCGCCUGGCCGCCUGUCGCGGGGACCCUGGCUGGAUCGCGUCGGCCUGGCCGAGCAGCGGUCAGAACCCACCCCUCCUUUGUCUGUAGCCUGUAGCUCAGCCCCUCUGCUCCAGGAGCCCGGCUGCUGAUCGCUGGCACCCGGUCCAGACCCACCCCUUUUCCAGCUGGUCUUCCUGGAGUCACUUUCUGAGACCUGUUGCCGGUUCUCCCACCACGCCUUGUGCGUCUUUGACCCAGAGUCUUUUUGACUCCUCUUACCCCCAUCUGACCUUCUGCUCGGCCUGGUGGGGUUUUCCAAGUUGUAAUACAAAAUAGAAUGGUCAGUGCUUAGAGAUGAGGAAUUACCUCCUUUAGGAAGAUUAAUAAAGACUUCGAGAGGCGGGCAUAGUUACUUGUAUUGGACCUUCAAAGGCCAGAAGACAGACGAGUGGCGAUUGAAGGGGGAGUUGGGGCUUCUCUGGCGGUUGACUGACCCAGUAAACAAAGAACUGGGCCUGAGACAGUGCAGAGGGAAGGCGGACGGACUGCAGUCUUAAACAAGGCACCUGUGAUUUGUCAUCCACUGGGCAGCCACUGGCAGGCACCAUUCAGUGGACACCUGGGACUUGCUGUGUAUCACAUGUCUAGCGCUGUUCUCUCACAGAGAUGUGGUAUGGUGUGUUCCUGUGGGCAUUGGUGUCCUCCCUCUUCUUUCAUGUCCCCGCUGGAUUACUGGCCCUCUUCACCCUCAGACAUCACAAAUAUGGUAGGUUCAUGUCUGUAAGCAUCCUGUUGAUGGGCAUCGUGGGACCAAUUACUGCUGGAAUCUUGACAAGUGCAGCAAUUGCUGGAGUUUACCGAGCAGCAGGGAAGGAGAUGAUACCAUUUGAAGCCUUGACCUUGGGCACUGGACAGACAUUCUGUGUGGUGGUGGUCUCCUUUUUACGGAUUUUAGCUACUCUAUAGCAUACACCCUUAUGCUGUGAUGUCCAACCUAAGUUUUCUAGAAUCCUCAGAGAAUACAUGAUGGAGUGUAGUGUGUUUUAUUUCUUCAAGUGGAAGCAACUUGGUUCAACAGGAAUGUGAAGAACAUAUCAGAUAUUUCUUCAGUUUGAAGCUGUAGCCAUUGAAGACCUUUUUGGACUCCUAUCAUUCUCAACCAAGACAAAACCAGUUUCUUGGCCUCUUUUUUGUAGAUUAAGUUUUACACACAUACCUUACCAGGCCAACUGUGCCUUUGGGUUGGCCUCCCUUACACUGGAAUAUCCCUUACUAUAUUUGGUGAGAAAAUCCAUAUUUCAUGAAUGUUGCAUAUUUCAGAGAAACUGGGCAAUAUUGGUGUAUUUAACAUGAGCAGAAUAAGCUGCAUUAAAAACUUAGUUGAUCUAAUCUUGAUUAAUAUUUGGGAAACUCUUCUUUCACUGUAUCUUCAUGACAGUAAAGCCAACUAGGUUUUGGUUGAGUAUAGCUUUGAGAGCAAAUUUGGUGAAAUGUAACAGGAAAUAAGUUGAAGUAUAACUCAAGUAGUGACUUUGGUUCCACCGUUAAAAGUAGAUAACUGAUGAGAAUGUGAUGUUUUAUGUAUAACUAUCUUGAUCUCUGAUUUUUUAAUAUUUUAAGAGAUAUGCGUUUGUUUUUUUUACAAUUGAUUAAAAGAAGCUAGCUAAUUGACUUUUUCUUUUUUCUUUUUCUUUUUCUUUUUUUUUUUUUUUAAAGAGGGUUUGUUAUGUUCUGGCCCCAAACUCCUGUGCUCAAGCGAUCCUCCUUCCUGGGCCUCCUGAGAAACUGGGACUACAGUAAUGCACCAUUACACCUGGCUAGCACUUUAAAAAAAAAAAAAAGAAAGAAAGAAAGAAAGGAUUUCUAUACUUUUUCCUAUUGCUUUUUGUUUUAAAUUGUGGGUGGGCAUAAUACUUUUUAUGCAGUGCUGAGGAUGGAACACAGUGCCUCACGCAUGCUAGGCAAGUGCUCUACCACUGAGCUACAACCCCAGCCCUCUUAUUGCUUUUAAUUUGGCUUAUUUUAUUUAGUUUAAUUAGAAAUCUACAUACCCUCUGAAGCAGCUAAGUUGAAAAUUUUAAGCAAGAUUGUUUAGAAUAUUCUUUGGACACUGAGGCACAAAUAAGAUACUUAAAACAUUCUGCUAUAGAUUUUCUUAGUGACUGGGGUGGAUUAAUCACUUGAGACAAUUUUAGAAGUACAGCUGAAAAUAGCAUUGGUGGUUAUUGGUUCCUUAGUCUUGAUGUGUUUACCUGGUGGUGGCUCUUCAGCCACUUGUGCAGUAUUUUUGAGUGUCUACUCCCAUUAAGUGCCUGAAGUUUUAUUUUCAGAUCUAUCCCCAUUCUGCCUUUUACACUUCUAUUCAAGAAAAUUAUACCCUUAAAGAGAAUUAAAAAUCAAGUUUUUUAAACUCAAUUUUAGCUAUUUUAAUUUUUAUCCUACUGCUUUUCUUUUUUAUUAAAAGGCCUGAAAACUUUGACCUUAAAAAGGAAAAACACUACAAAAAUUAAGUAAUUUGAUCCUUACCACCUAAACUGUUUGUGUAGAAUACAAUCAAUGUUGUUACCUGUUUUCAAAAUAACUUCUGAUAGUUAACCCUGACUUUCUUUACUUCCACAUUUUUCUUGGUGCAUUAUAGUUGUACAUAAUAUUGGGAUUUGUUGUUACAUAUUCCUAUGUGUGCACACAAUAUAACAAUAUAAUUUGGCUAGUAUCACUGCCCCCUCUACCUCUCCUUAAUUCUGACAUUUUUAAAGGAGAACUUUCAUUAUGAGAUUAAGGCUGACAACCCACGAGGUCAUAUGCACAUGAAUCUAUUCUAUUUAAAACAAAAUGCACUCUGGCUUCUGAUUAGAAGAAGCUAGGAGGACAUUUGCCGGUGGAAUUCAUAGAGAAAAAUUAUAAAGGAAUUACAAAAUUCACUGGACAUUUUCUUUUAACAAAUUAGACUGCUUGUUAAAACUAAUUGAAUGCAGCUAAAUUUCCUUUCAAAAUCCCCAACAAGAAACUCAAAUCUAAGCUGGGCAUGGUGGUGUACUCCUGUAAUCCCAGUGACUCAGGAGGCUAAGGCAAGAGGAUCACAAGUCUGGGUCCUGUCCAGAGAACUUAAUGAGACCCCGUCUCAAAUAAGUGAAAAGGCUGGGGUGGUAGCUCAGUGGUAGAGCACUCUUGGGUUCAGUCCUCAGUACUACAAAAAAAUAAGCUCAAAUCUUUCUUCCAACAAAUAUUUAAAGAUUACAGUUUUCAGCUGAAAAAACUGUGAUUUUAGAAAAUAUCCCUCAGUUUAAAAAAUAUGGGUAUUAUAUCCCUUCUUUUGGGAAAUGGUUUUAGAACAUCUCUAUUGAAAAAAUGCUUUUUUCUUGCCUAAAACAUUCUUUUGGCUAUGUCACAAACAUGUGGGCCAGUAGUUGGAUCCUUCCCCCUGAAAUCUAAUUUUUCAACGUAUUGAUCCAUGAUUAAAAUGUUAGUUUCCUUUUUUCCUUUUUUAGAGCCAAGACAAAAAUUUAGGCAUUUUGAAAUUUAGGCAUCUGUUUCUUAUUUGAUUAUCUAUUCUUUAAAAACUUCAAAUAUAAGUUGUAUCUUUAAAUUGCUAAAUGUUUCCUCCACCCCAGUAUGUGAAGCAUUUUCCUGUGAAUAAAUGUAUAGAUCGUG